UUCGGAAAUUCAGAGAAGAAGACAUGGCGUCACGACUCCGCAUAAACAAUUUGGGGUCGACACUGGCAGAAAUGAGAAGAUCUGACUGCUAAAAAAAAUGCUUAAAAGGUGAAUGAUAGGAUGAUUGGUGCCUAUUUCUUCCAUAACCAGUGUAACAUAAAGAGCACAACAAUGGAAAUAUUGGCUGUGAACGUAUCGGCCACUUCCCCUGCUAUGGCCUCUCUUCCUCCAUCUCCCGUUCUGGAGGAGUCCGGUUUCCCCCUCGCCUCUUUGGACAGUGAGGAAUACGUGUUUGUAGAAGCACGCCAUCCCAACAAGGUGCUGGAAGGGCUUAACAGUCUGCGUCUGAACAAUGCCUUCUGUGAUGUGACACUGUGCUGCGGUGGACAGGAGUUCCCCUGCCAUCGCAUUGUGCUGGCCUCUUUCAGCUCUUAUUUUCAGGCUAUGUUCUCCACUGAUCUGAUGGAGUCGCGUCAAGAGCGCGUGGCUAUCAACGGUGUGGAGCCGCAGAUGAUUGGCAUGCUGGUGAGCUACGCCUACACGGCCGAGGUGGUCAUCUCCAAGGCCAACGUGCAGGCCCUCCUGGCUGCCGCCAACCUCCUGGACGUGAUGGCAGUGCGCGAGGCCUGCUGCCGCUUCAUGGAGCGUCAGAUGGACGAGAUGAACUGCGUGGGCAUUCACUGCUUCGCCGAGGCCCACUCCUGCCACGAGCUGGAGCGCCGCAGCAUGGAGUACAUCCAGCAGCACUUCAGCACCGUCUGCCAGCAGGAGGAGUUCCUGUCUCUGUGUGGUGACAAGCUGACGGAGAUCAUCUCUAGCGACCACCUGAACGUGCCAAAAGAGGAAACGGUGUUUGAGGCAGCAGUGCUCUGGCUAAACAAGACCACGUCUCGGAGGCAAAGCUUUGAGAAGGUGCUUGAACACAUUCGCCUGCCCCUCAUAAGCCCUUACUACAUCCAUGAUGUCAUUGAGUCUCUGGACGUGGUGAAGGAAUCCCUCAAGUGUCAGCGGCUCAUCUCUGAGGCCAAGGACUACAUGCUGCUGCAGGACCGGAGAGGAGAGCUCUACGGCCCCAGAGCUCGGCCACGCCGCUCUACAGGCACAGCUGAAGUGAUCGUGACUGUUGGCGGAGAGGACGACAAGGUGGUUCUGCGAAGUGUGGAGAGCUUUGACCCCCUGACCAACCAGUGGAAGAGCCUUGCUUGUCUUCCAUUUGCUGUUAGCAAACACGGAUUAGUUGUAUCUGGUUCCAUGUUAUAUCUGGCCGGAGGGGAGUUCCCAGAUGGCUCAGCCAGCCGGGAGAUGUGGCGCUAUGACCCCUGCUUUGACUCCUGGCAGGAGAUGGCCCCAAUGAAUGUAGCACGCUCCGAACUAGGCCUAGUCAUGUUGGAUGGAUAUGUGUUUGCUGUGGGGGGCUGGGAGGGCCGCUCUCGCCUGGACACAGUGGAGUGCUACAAUCCCCGCACCAACAGCUGGCAGUUCAUGGAGUCAGUCAAGAUGGCGGUCACCAGCCCUGCUGUGGUAGCACUAGAUGGUCUCCUCUAUGUCACAGGUGGAGCUGUUCUUGAGGAUGGAGAUGGCACAGAUCUAGCACAGGCGUACAACCCAAAAACGUGCGCGUGGACAGAGGUAGCCCCCAUGCAGAUUGCUCGCUCUGGGUCUGCUGCCUGCACUCUGAAGGGCAAGAUCUUUGUUAUCGGGGGCUGGCAUGCUUCCACUGAGAACACAGACAAGGUGGAGUGUUAUGAUCCCAAGACCAACCAGUGGACCAUGUGUGCUCCCAUGAAGGAGCGGCGGUACCGGCCCGGUGUGGCCGUGGUGGACGGGAAGAUUUACGUUCUGGGGGGAGAGGAGGGGUGGGAUAGGUACCAUGACACAAUCGAACGGUAUUCUGAGGAAACAGACUGCUGGGAGAUUGUAGGGGAGAUGCCCACCAGCCGUAGCUGGCUAAGCUGUGUGUCCAUGCAACUGAGGAAGGACACCCGAGGUGGCAGCUGUCCUGGGACCGCCGCCGAGACGGAGUUCCCUGACGUGGACUGAAGGCCUCGGGUUUGUGGUCGUGCAGGGGCAAAUUCUGGCAGCACUUCGCUUGCUGAGGAGCAAGAUGACGACAUGCUGUUCCACCGGAGUGACAGCCAUAGAUGUGUGUCGCAGUAAGAGGCACCCACUCCCUGUUGUUAUACAUGGGCGGUCGCUGAAACAAACUCAAAUGAACCCUUCUGGAAAAGUCCAUGCACACAUGCCUUUUCAGGUGGAGCCAUUCCAUUAUCCAAGGGUGAGUUGGAGGAACACACACAACCCAUGUGUGCAUAUUCUAUUUUCUGUGGUUGUAGAGUCAUCCCAUUCUGCUCUGGAGUACAACGUGAUGUGAACAUAGGCCCUUAGGGCUUGGAUUUGUAGCGUCCAUUUAUGUAUUAUUGUGACUUUUUUUCUGUAGUCUUGUGUAGUGUUUUUGUACAGUAUUUUCUAUCGUGAUAAUUUUGUAUUUAUGAGUUGCUUCAGUAAGUGCAUAUAGUACGUUUUUCUUUAUGGUCACGCCUGCUAUUCAUCAGCAUAAAGGAGAUGCCACGCCAAUGGGUUCUUAACAUCACUGGAAUAUUAGUGCUUUAAGACAGUCAGGUUAUUACCCUUGAGUUAAGGGUGUGUAUAUGAAUCAGUUUUGUUUAAUGUUCAAACCUCAAGAAAUCUACCUGGAAUAUGUGUGCUAAUAAAUUCAAUACUGAACAACA